AUGGGCAGGUCACCAUGCUGUGAAAAGGUGGGUUUGAAGAAAGGGCCAUGGAAUCCAGAGGAAGACCAAAAGCUCAUGGCUUACAUUGAAGAAUUUGGCCAUGGAAGCUGGCGUGCGUUGCCCGCCAAAGCAGGCCUCCAAAGAUGUGGGAAGAGUUGCAGACUGAGGUGGACUAACUACCUUCGACCGGAUAUCAAAAGAGGAAAGUUCAGCUUGCAGGAAGAGCAAACUAUUAUUCAACUUCAUGCCCUUCUUGGAAACAGGUGGUCAGCAAUAGCAGCUCAACUGCCAAAGAGAACCGACAACGAGAUCAAAAACUACUGGAACACGCACCUCAAGAAGAGGUUAACCAGAAUGGGCAUAGACCCUACAACCCACAAGCCCAAAACCGAUGCGCUUAGUGGCUCAGGGAGCGACGAGUUCAAAAUAUACUCAUCCAACCUGAGCCACAUGGCUCAAUGGGAGAGCGCUCGCCUCGAAGCAGAGGCGAGGUUGGUGAGAGAAUCCAAGUUGCAAUUUCAACAACAUGAGGCCCACAACAACAACAACAACCAACUUGGCUCUUCUUCUUCCACCUCCUCAAACCAGCCCGCACGCCUCGUUCUCAACAAAAUUACCGCGCUUCAACCACUGUUGCCCCCGUGCCUCGACAUUCUCAAGGCAUGGCAGAGCUCGUUGUCAAACCAGCCAACCAAAGAUUACAACAACAACAAGGUCAUGCAUAGCAUGUGCGCCGUGAUGCUUUCUACUGAUGACACCCUGGAGUCUCCCACUUCCACUUUAAGCUUCCCCGGAACACUGCUUCCUCGUCCUCUUCCUCUUCCUGUUUCAACCUCCACCACUAAUGUUGUUGGACACUUAAAUGAGAACUCACUUCCUCUCACCACCACUACCACUAAUGAGCCAUGGGGGUGUAGUAGUUUAACAAACGCAGAAGGUGAAAAAAGAGUACUGGAGAAUAUUAACACGGCGUUUAACUUGCAAGAUGAUGACAUUAUGAUGGCUGUGGAAGCAUUUAGAUCUGCGGGGUACGCAAACAUCAGUGCUGUCCCUCCAUUAUCAAGCAAUAAUAAUGAUAUAAUUGUCCUUGAAGCUCUUAACAACGAUGAAGCCAUGGUUUAUGAUUCAAGCGAUAAUAUGGAAGAAGGAGACAUGGCGAACCCAGAAAAUAGUAGGAGCUACUGGAAUAGCAUACUUGGCUUGGUGAAUGACACGCUGUCUGGUUCGUCGAUGUUCUGA